CAAAAAUUGAAAGGAAGAACUGAGACUGCGAGUAAAAGCAGCCCCACCCUCUCUGUGAUGACCAAUCAAGGUCAAGGCGCAGGGGUUCCUCUGUCUCCAAGGAUAGAGACCCCUGAUGUGUUUGAGUUUAGUAGUGGAGUACCUGAAAGCAGCACUUCACCUCAGACCCUCUGUGUUGGCGGUCGAAUAAGGAGGACAAAGAAAUAUGCAACACGUCUCAGACUCCAAACCGAAGCUAAACAUGUCUCCUCCAGCAGCUGACUCAUACCAGCAGGGCAGCAUCAGGAUGACGCUGGAGAACACUGAUCUCUGGAAAUCUUUUGACAAAAUCGGAACAGAGAUGAUAAUAACAAAGCAUGGAAGGAGAAUGUUUCCUCACUGCAGCAUCAGUGUCUCCGGGCUCCACCCUUUUGCCAACUAUGUCAUCAUGGUGGACAUGGUUCCUGUAGACAGCUUCAAAUACAAGUGGAAGAAGGAGCAGUGGGAGAUUGCAGGGAAGGCAGAGCCCCAGCCCCCCUGUCGGACAUAUGUGCAUCCUGACUCCCCUGCCCCAGGAAGCCACUGGAUGAAGCAGUCUUUGUCUUUUCUUAAGAUGAAGCUCACCAAUAACACCUUGGACCAGCAUGGCCAUAUCAUCCUGCACUCCAUGCAUCGCUACUACCCCAGAUUCCACAUCACCCAGGCAGACAGUCCUUACACAGUACGCUGGGGCCCAUUUCAGACCUUCUCCUUCCCAGAGACAGUCUUCACUGCAGUCACCGCUUACCAAAACUCAAAGAUAACCAAAUUGAAAAUUGACCACAACCCUUUUGCAAAGGGAUUCAGGGAGGGAGGAACCCACUCCCACAGUAAAAGGUGUCGCUCAAAUGGAAGCCCUGCAGCAAAAAGAGCCAUGCUGGAGAGAAAUGCCCCGCCCAGCAGUCCUCCAUGCCUGCAGAGGAUGCCCUCCACCUCUCAUUCAGAGCAUGCAGAGAAGAGCCAGGCAUCCACACAUCCGUCAGUGAAGGGUGGUAACCCUUCAGGCUGGGCUCUGGAACAGGACCCCACGGAGAGUCUCCACACUGAGCUCCUGGACCUGCAUGAGAACGACUACAGCUUUGAGGAGCAGAUGGUGCCUGCCUCUGUGCCAUAUCAACCAUACAGAUCUGUGGACUACCCCAGAUAUCUACUGCCUUCCAAUGACAUAGAUGUAGCCCACACCCCUGUCCCCCCUCCGUCCCAUCCACUCGCCAUACCUGAACACAACAGCCAACAACAUACCUACUACAACCAUCCUUACCAACACAACCAUGUGGCAGACUGGAGUCAGUACCCUCUCUUCUCCUACUCCUGCUGGUGACCUUUGACCCUAUGCAAUGUGUGAAUCUACAUCAACAUUGGAGCAUGAUGUUCCUACACAUGGUGGACCAGCAACUGACGGAGAUGGGACUCCAGUAGUUUGUAUUAAAAGUGUAUAAUUGUGUACAAAGUAUACUUGAAUACCUGAAUGCUUUUAUUGUAUUUGGAGGGUUGUUCCACUGGAAUUAAUAUGUUGUGUUAUUUCAUACACACACAUGCUAGUUCAGUUCGAGUUGGCCCAGUUGUGUGUCUUUAAAUAGGUGAAGUAUGAGUUUUCAGACAUGCAUCCAGUCAACUGGGAAAUAAACGUGAUAUUAAAUCUGCAGGUAUGAUUAAAAGAUCCCCAUAUAUAGACUGUACUAGACCUUUAAUAAGACUGAAAGUAUCAUAUGUGGUUUCCUCUUUCAUUGAUUUUGUCUUCAUAUAUGGCUGACAGCUGAAAUUGCUUUAAUGCACAUGAUGGUAAUAAGAAUUUAUUUUAAUUACACGGCAGACUGUGUGAGAUAUAUAGUUUCUGAGUCAUAUCAGAGGAGUCAUACUUUGUUGCAAUCAGUACCUGCAUUAUAUGUGACAGAGUUGUAUAUUGGUAUUAAGUUUUAUGACAAUAAAUGGAGAAUGUGAUAAAUAAAUCUGAAGUGUUAUAUAAACCAG